AUGUCGCAACCAAGACGGUCAAGGAGAAUAGCUAAAGAUCCCGAAGAGGCGCAGGAGAUAAAAAGAGGGGAAGGCUUUCUACAAGUAGAAAGUCGCGGAAAACGCAUUACUCUUGAAUCAUUAAAGAACGAUCUGACUAUACGCAUGAAGGAUCAAGAAGAGGACCGCGCUCUAAUUCCAGGAUUAAUGCGACAGAAGAACGAGUUGUUGAAAACAUGUAGCACGAAGAAAGCUGGAAACAAGAAAGUCACGCGCAAAAACCGCCGUAUUCAGCACGAUGGUCUCAGGGACGCUCAAGCACUCUUGGAAGACUUUCUCUACUUCCAAAACCAUAUGCAUCGAAAAAACAGAUACUCCAAAAUCAAAAUGAAAGAGGGACGUGGUUGGCUCCUUGACGAUGUGAAUAGCAUCAGUGAGCAGGUGAAACCGUCGGGUUGCCAAGACCUACUAGAUGCAUUUGACAAAGCCAACAUAGGCGGGCCGCGUCAUCGCAAUGGAUUUUCCGAUUGGCAAGGGAAUGAAAUCGAGGGAAUAGAAUCAGGUCAAGGGCCCAGGCCAAUCCGGUUCAAUGAGUUGCAUCUAUGGACUCCAGCGUGUCGACGAAGGCCGGUCGGUUUCGCCGCGACGAACAAUAUGUCAGUCGAACCUACCGAGCUUGUGCUGGACAUCGACAAUAUUCGUCAGGAGUGGCAGCGUAUCGAAGAGGUGGAAAUUCCUGAGAAAGGUCAGGAAGGCUUUCCUUAUCGAACGCACAUAGAAAGAAGGCAACAGGAGCAAGCGCUCUACAGGAGUGAGCAUGGGAACUUGAGGCCUACGACUGCAAGCUUGCACCUUGAAAAAAGGCUGGAUGAUGUGAAAUUCCAGGAUAGAUUUAGGGAGAUUCAAAUACUGGACGGUGUCUUCAUUUCUGCAUUGGAGUCUUCGUAUGACUGGCGCACGUCAUACGAUCUACUUGGACCGGUGAAAAGUGGCAUCUACUCAAACUUCACCGUCAGCGACGAACGCGAGACGAUCGAAGAAGGGCCCCCAGUAGAAGAUGACCUCGACACUGAUGGCGAGGAUUUCGCCGAGAAACUCAGCGAAGCACAAGAAGAAGCAUUCAACGUCCCAGAAGAUAAAGCGCCAAACACCAAAAACAAAGCCUCUAAACCCACAGGAUCCAAAAAGCGCGAAAUAGAAGUAACCCUCGACUACCCUUACCCAGCCAACGAAUUCCUCGACCCCCCAAAAUCCAAGCGCUCCAAACACGCCCCUAGCAACAGACCUCUCACCCUCUCCACCCCCCUCCCCUCAACCACCUGGUGCGAAGAAACUCCCGGCCGCCGCGAAUACCACGUCUCGAUGCUUCUCUCACCAUCGUCGCCCGUCGACUCACCACCUCACACGCCCAUCGCGCGCCCAGCCCCUGACAGCAUCCCCGCCAGCUUCCCAGACGCGGAGAUCAGUCCCACCGCGCUCGCCGCGCAACGGCGCUGCGGCCACAAUCCCGAGCGGUGUCGUGCGUGGUGGAGCCAUGCGCCCGACGCGUGUUGGAUCGUCGAAUCCGAACCGCCAGUGCGCCCGCGAAGUCCGGUUUUGCAUCCGAUGUUAGAUAUUGAAGUCCCAGAAGAGGAAUUUGUGCUUCCAGAGGGGAGUAGAGCGGUGUAUGAGGAGCGGGUGGUGGAUCAGUAUGGGGUUAUGGGUGAGGGGUGGCCGAAGGUUGGGGUCAGGGUACCGUAUGAACCGAUGAGUGUGGAUGAUGUUAGGGUGGCUGGUAGGAAGGGAGGUAAGGGAUAUGAUGAGUGUUUGUUGGAGGAAGGGGAGAGGAAGUUAGUAUAUGAGUAUCAUGCUAUGGCGGCGCCGGUGAUUCCUUUGGUGGAGAGGAAGGGGGAUGAGGAGGUUGUUGGUGUUGCUGCUGCUGAUGAUGUGGAUGCGGGUGUUGGUCAUAGAGUAGGAUAUGAGAGCGACGGGUCCGACUACGAAGGCGAUAUGUUUCGUCUUAUGUAUAUUCAGGGACGUACUGGCAUUCCAGCUCAGGCAUCGGAAUCCCAGUCGAGUUAA